GAACGAGAUGAAACCGCAAUCCAGAGGAGAGUGCCCCAUAUGCAGAUGGAAGAUUGGUGGACAGUCGCUGGACGACCUCGUCUGCGCUACGGCGACGAAAAGGGAGCACUUGCUUAUGCAACACCUGGCGGAAAAGCAUGCAGACGGAAUGUGGCAACAGACUGACCAUGCGAAGAUGAUGAUCCAAGCGGCGAGGAAGGAGCAGAUAGGCAGUGAGGAAAGGAGGAAACGCAGGUUACAGGCGGGUACCUGCUCAGGCUUUCGAAGACUGCUAUCGAGAGGCCCGAAGCGAGCGAGAAAAACCAAAUAUGGAGAGCGAUACAGCUGCAGAGACUGCGACAUCACGUUCACGACGACAGAAGGAGCGAUGAGGGCUCAUCGACAGCAGCAUAAAAAUGGCGACAUCAUCAAGAUUGGGCAGAUCAAGAAAUCGCAAAGGGUCUGGUCUGGUGAUGCCCUCGGAGCUGUUCGCACGCUCUACCGUCCGGAGACGCACGUCAUGUGCAAGGCCACUGGGAAGCCCUUUUUUGGUUCAGACGCUCGACUGACAAAAAUCGUAGUACCACCACACUGCUGGGCGAAUGAAAAAAAGGACAAAUUGAUCUGCAAAAAGUGCAAAUGGGAAUUAGAAUACAGAGAGGAAAUGACGCUACAAGCAAGAGCAAAAAGGACGGAAAUAUAUAGAAAACACAUCAGGAAGUGCAAAGGGAAGUAGUCUAUAGUAGUUGCUAAACACCUCAAGAAUAGGUACAAUCAUCAUCAUCAUC